AUGUCACAAACCAAGAAAGAAGAACUUAUUAACGUUUAUCUUUCAAAGUACAAGGAUGUUGAUAAAUUGAGUGAACAAAUCAAACGUCUUUUGUUGGACCAUGACUUAAGUUUAGAAGUUAAAUUUAAACCAAAGAGGCGCCCAUGUGAUGACUAUCAAAUAAUAAAUGUUCACAACGGAUUUAUUAAUAAACAAAAUACAUUUUCUAUUAUUUCUAAGAUACAAGAUGAAACAGUAAAAUUAGAAGUUGAAAUUACAAAUUUCAAAAAAGAAAAAGUUGAAUUUGAAAUGAUUCAAAAUGGGUUGUUUGAGUAUAAAGUGUUUUUUACUCCAAAACUGAUUGGAGAACAUUUAAUUAUUGUUUCUGUUGAUGGGUGUUCUCUUCCUCCAGUUUCAUUAAAUAUAAACGAUGUUAUUGAUAUUUCCCAAUGUUGGAUAGAUGGAAAAAUCAAAGAAGGAGGAUUGCUUGAAACAGAAAGAGUUAUAGGUCAACUUCAUAUGAUUGGAGAAUCUGGAUCUCCUUUUGAAGGUGAGUGUACAACUACAAUAAGUUGUUUUACACCAAACAAUAAAGAAAUAAAAGGUAGAGUUAUAAAAGGAGAGCAUGGAAUUUAUACAUUGGAAUGUGGUAUCAGCAAAAGAGGAAUUUAUACAUUUGAUAUUUGGAUUAAUAAUAAACGAAUUAGAGCACUAUUAUUUAAUACUCAUUUCAUACUUCCUAUUUGUCCAUCUAAAUGUUCUAUCUCAGGUAAAGGAAUGGAAGAGAUAAAAACUAUCAAAAUGACAAAGACUGUAGAAUUUAUUAUUCAAACAAAAGAUAAAAAUGGAGACUGUAUAUUAGAAGGAGGACAUAAAUUUAAUAUUCACAUCACAGAUCCUAAAAACCAAGCAAUACCCUGUGAAUGUACAGACAAUAAAGAUGGUACUUAUACUUGUAAAUACACUCCAUCUUAUUGUGGAAAAUAUCAGAUUGAUGUUAAGUAUCAAACAAAACCUUUAGCCCAAUCACCUUAUCUAAUAACAAUUGAAGAAAACUAUGAAGAAGAAAGCGCUCAAUACUGUUUUAAAGUUCAUCUUCUUAUUGUUCUUGUUGUGUUUAUUCUAGCAAUGAUUUAUAAAUUAAAUCAUCCCAAAAUGAGAUAUCUAGAAUAA